AUGAACACCAGAAUUGACUUUUCAAUGCUUUUUCCAGCAGCAUGUAAUAAUUAUGCAGGGCCAAAUAUUGCAGUUUGGUUUUUGAUAUUCAUUAAUACAGUUGGAACGGUGCGAAGUCUCAUUCACAUUUUCUUUCGUGAUAGUGGUGCACAGUCUAUUGCGACAAUGAAUUUAAAUGUUAGUGGUAGUAAAAACAUCGUGGCACUCCUUGGUCAAUGGGGUGGUGGUCAACUUAUCAUGGCAUUUAUUAUUUGGAUCGUGCUUUGGCGCUAUAGAGAAUUUGUUCCACUCAUGAUUGCAGAAAUUGCUAUCGAACAAUUUAUACGAAUUGCAAUUGGACGCUCGAAGCCUGUAACUACGGUCCACACUCCGCCAGGUCGAACAGGCAGCAUGAUUCUAUUACCGAUUGCCACAAUAAUGUUGAUCAUCUCUCUAAUUCGAAAUUAG